GUUCUGUCGGAUUCUACCAAUCAGUUUGCAUCUCGUUUCCCGUCAGCUGCUCCUGAUUUCCGCCGGGAUGUUCUCGCACUGAACAUGGAGUUUCCCCGUCCUCUGCUGCUGGAUGUCUCCCCUCUUCUUCUCUACCCGUCCACUUCUCCCAGCACCGCUGACUGGUCCCCAUCUGUCUCUGCCUCACAGCCCAGCGGUGUUUCGGGGCUCCCGCAGACCCGGUGGGCGGCUCUGGGCUCCCAGGAGCCAGCGGGACUGCACCGAUAGCCGAGCACCUGACAGACAGGUCCAUGCUUUCCCCUCUCUAUCAGGACCAUGGGGGCUCAGUGGUGUGGCCUCACACUUUCUCAUGCUCCUCUUCCUCUCAGGGCCUCCAUCGCGAGUUAUGCUACAGUUCUCCUCGGAUCAGUGGGAGCAGCCCUGGCCCCAACCCCACCUACUAUCAUGCUGUUUAUGACGUUAAGGUGGAGGAGUACAGUGAGCUGCCCUUCUCCGGUGGAGAAAGUGUGGAUGGUGAUCCCUUUGGGCAGGUUAAUUUGCCCCUUGCUACCAGCAACAAUGACCCAACAGUCCCACUCAUUCGUCGGAGAGGAGGAACGGUGGAUUACCGGGACGUCAUCUUGGCCCACCAAGCACAUAAGAUGCACAACACACCACAAGCCAAGAGGAAACAGUGGGAAAUGGCGCGCUUUGGAGACGAGCUACCCAACAGGUACGGAGGAGGAGGAGGUGGUGGUGGCGGUGGUGGCGGGGGUGCCGGCGGACAAGGGGGGCCCGGCCGCGGCGGCAGCAGGCAAGGUGGGCCCCCCGGAGCGCAGCGGAUGUACAAGCAGUCGAUGGCCCAGAGAGCCCGGACCAUGGCCCUGUACAACCCCAUACCCGUCCGGCAGAGCUGCCUAACGGUCAACCGCUCCCUCUUCCUCUUCAGUGAAGACAACGUGGUGAGGAAGUACGCCAAAAAGAUCACCGAAUGGCCUCCAUUUGAAUGGAUGAUCCUCACCACCAUCAUAGCAAACUGCAUUGUCCUAGCCCUGGAACAGCACCUUCCUGAUGGAGACAAGACGCCAUUGUCCGAAAGACUGGAAGAGACAGAGCCCUAUUUUAUAGCCAUCUUCUGUUUUGAGUCUGGAAUCAAGAUCCUUGCUUUGGGGUUUGCGUUACAUAAGGGCUCCUAUCUAAGGAAUGGAUGGAAUGUCAUGGACUUUGUGGUCGUCCUCACCGGGAUUCUGUCAUCUGUUGGGUCACAACUUGAUCUGAGGACACUUCGAGCUGUCAGGGUGCUUCGGCCUCUUAAACUGGUGUCUGGAAUUCCCAGUCUGCAAGUGGUCCUAAAGUCCAUAAUGAAGGCCAUGAUCCCCUUGCUUCAGAUUGGCCUGCUGUUGUUCGUGGCUAUCCUUAUGUUCGCCAUCAUUGGCUUGGAGUUCUACAUGGGCAAAUUCCAUACAACAUGCUAUGAUCAAGUUACACGAGAGAUAGUGGAGGAACGUCCGUGUGGUAACCAUACUCCUUCCAGGCUGUGCCCCAAUGGUUCAAAAUGUGAUUCUGGCUGGAUUGGACCAAACUAUGGCAUCACCCAGUUUGACAACAUCCUGUUCGCUGUUCUCACAGUCUUCCAGUGCAUCACAAUGGAAGGAUGGACAGACAUGCUCUACUACAGCAAUGACGUAGAGGGCAGCAUGUGGAACUGGAUGUAUUACAUCCCCCUUAUCAUCAUUGGCUCCUUCUUUAUGCUCAACCUGGUGCUGGGUGUACUUUCAGGUGAAUUUGCCAAAGAGAGGGAACGGGUGGAAAACAGGAGUGAGUUCCUGAAGCUGAGGCGACAGCAGCAGAUCGAGAGAGAGCUUAAUGGAUAUUUGGAGUGGAUCUGCAAAGCAGAGGAGGUAAUUCUGGCAGAAGAAGAUGCCACCGGAAACUUUGAUGGUUCGAGACGAAGGCCAACUAUCAAAACCAGAAAUAACAAAACAGAGCUGCUAAAUCAAGAGGAAGGAGAAGACAACAUAGGAGAUGCAGUAGGCUUCGCUCGCUCUAGCAUUAAGAGCGGUAAGGACGGCUCUAACUACAGCAAAAAAGAGCGCCGAUUGCGAUUCUUCAUCAGGAAGAUAGUGAAGACACAGGCUUUCUAUUGGACAGUGCUCUGCCUUGUGGGCCUCAACACCAUCUGUGUGGCCGUGGUGCAUUACGACCAGCCGGAGCUUCUUUCCGACUUUCUCUUCUAUGCAGAGUUCAUAUUCCUCGGUUUGUUCAUGUCUGAGAUGCUGAUCAAGAUGUAUGGUCUGGGCAUCCAGCCCUACUUCCACUCGUCAUUUAACUGCUUCGACUGUGUGGUAAUUGUUGGCAGCAUCUUUGAGGUUGUGUGGUCCACCAUAAAACCAGGCACGUCAUUCGGCAUCAGUGUGUUACGAGCUCUCAGGCUGCUGCGCAUCUUUAAAGUUACCAAGUACUGGGCGCCACUUAGAAACCUGGUGGUUUCUCUCUUGAACUCCAUGAAGUCCAUUGUCAGCUUGCUCUUCCUCCUCUUCCUCUUUAUUGUGGUCUUUGCUUUGUUGGGGAUGCAGCUUUUUGGAGGACAAUUCAACUUUGAAAGUGGAACCCCGCCGACCAAUUUUGAUACUUUUGCAGCAGCAAUCAUGACUGUGUUUCAGAUCCUGACAGGAGAGGAUUGGAAUAUGGUGAUGUACGAUGGCAUUGAGUCACAGGGAGGAGUAAACGACAAAGGAAUGGUGUUCUCCAUCUUUUUCAUUGUCCUCACACUAUUUGGCAACUACACACUGCUGAAUGUCUUCUUGGCUAUCGCUGUUGACAAUCUGGCUAACGCCCAAGAGCUUACCAAGGACGAAGAAGAACAAGAAGAGGCAGCAAAUCAAAAGACAGCACUACAGAAGGCUAAGGAAGUGGCAGAGGUUAGCCCGCUAUCUGCUGCAAACCUGUCAAUUGCUGCAAAGGAGCAGCAGAAGAACCACAUCAAGGGUAAUAAGUCUGUGUGGGAGCAGAGAACCAGUGAGAUUCGGCGCCAGAACCUGAUGUCAAGCCGUGAGGUGCUCUACAAUGAGCUGGAACAGGAUGACUGGAAGGUGGGAGGCGAGGGAGAAGAGGUGUCGUUCCCACGGAAAGCACGUGGCGACGUGAAAACACACUUGGACAGACCUUUGGUAGUAAACCCACAGGACAAUCGAAACAACAACACCAACAAGACCCAACCUGGAGAGCUGCCUCUGGAUCAGCAGUAUCGACGCCAGGAUAUUGAUCACCGCCGGCGUGCUGCUCACCACUGUCACUACCACCACCAUCGCCAUCAGAAACCCACUAACCCGAGCACUGUAGAUACAAGCCAGCUUAUGGAAACCAACUUGGGGCAUGGUUUUAGCUGCACAUCUUUGGGUAACAUAGAAGAAAAUCCGGAACGGCAACUGGAUGAAGAGAAGAACAACCACCGGAGUCAUCGGGGCCAUCGGCACAGGAACAGAGAGUGCAGGGAGUCUCACAGCAUUUCUCCGCAUCAUAGUGAAGGUGCCGAGGGUAGUGGUGAGGCAAGGAGGUGUAGACAGCACCGCAGAGCAGCCAGGGAGGGAGACGAGUGCAGAAAACAUCUAUGUAGGGCAGCAGAGGGAGAUGGUGAGAAAAGCGGAGAGGAGGGUGGACAGAAGACAAGACGACAUCGACACUGCAACCAGGAGAGAUGCAGAGGACACCGUGUCAGAAAGGAGCACCACAGCACCUGUCAAAGCCUCUCAACUACACGACCAAUACAACAGUAUAACGAAGACCUUGAUAACUUUCGCAACAACAGCAAGCUUGCCAGUGCCAAUGAGCACCCCUAUGACCUUCCUCCUGAUCACCCCGAUCAUCCGGACCACCUCAACAACCUGCUGAACUGCCAUGAUGCUGACACUCACACCCUGCUUCACAGCAUGGACAGCCUGAUCCUAACCAGCAUGGCAAAGCCCGACUACACAGCGAUAGACAUGCCUCCUGUUUACCCCUAUCCUUCUACCAAUGCAAUCUUGCAAGUGAACAAGAACGCCAAUACAGACCAAAAGAAAAGCGAGGAGAAGAAGGAAGAGGAGGAUGAGGGUGAAGAUGAAGAUGGCCCUAAACGCAUGCCUCCCUAUAGCUCUUGUUUCAUAAUGUCUACCACCAACCCGUUUCGCAAGUGCUGUCACUACAUUCUUACUCUGAAGUAUUUUGAGUUCAGCAUCCUGUCAGUCAUUGCUAUGAGCAGCAUUGCCCUUGCAGCAGAAGACCCCGUCAAGCCUGACUCACCACGGAACAAUGUGCUGCGUUAUUUUGACUACGUUUUCACAGGGGUCUUCACAUUUGAAAUGUUGAUCAAGAUGGUGGUACUCGGCUUGUUUCUCCACCAAGGGUCUUACUUUCGUGACUUGUGGAACAUUCUGGACUUUAUAGUGGUUAGUGGUGCUCUGGUGGCCUUCGCCUUCACGCCGAGCAGCACCCGGGGGAGCAGCAAAGGCAAAGACAUCAGUACAAUCAAAUCCCUGCGUGUGCUGAGGGUGCUGCGUCCACUUAAAACCAUCAAGCGUCUCCCAAAGUUAAAGGCAGUUUUUGACUGUGUGGUGAACUCCUUGAAGAAUGUGUUGAAUAUCUUGAUUGUCUACAUGCUCUUCAUGUUCAUCUUCGCUGUCGUGGCUGUGCAGCUGUUUAAGGGCCGCUUCUUCUACUGCACAGAUGAAUCCAAAGAGUUUGCACGGGACUGCAGGGGCGAAUAUUUAGUCUAUGAAAAAGAAGAGGUAAAAGCUGAGAAGCGGGAAUGGAAGAAGUACGAUUUUCACUACGACAACGUGGCUUGGGCCUUGCUCACCCUCUUCACCGUCUCCACCGGAGAGGGGUGGCCACAGGUGCUAAAGCACUCAGUGGACUCCACUUAUGAGGAUCAGGGCCCAAGCCCGGGAUACAGGAUGGAAACGUCCAUCUUUUACGUGGUGUACUUCGUUGUCUUCCCUUUCUUCUUUGUAAACAUCUUUGUGGCUCUCAUCAUCAUCACCUUCCAGGAACAAGGGGAUAAGAUGAUGGAGGACUACAGCUUAGAAAAAAACGAAAGAGCCUGUAUAGAUUUUGCUAUUAAUGCCAGACCUCUGACUCGCCACAUGCCAAAGAACAAACUGAGCUUCCAGUAUCGCAUGUGGCAUUUUGUUGUGUCCCCUCCCUUCGAGUACAGCAUCAUGGCUCUGAUUGCACUCAACACAAUAGUCCUAAUGAUGAAGUUUCAAGGUGCAUCACAAAGUUACGAUAAUGUGCUAAAGUAUCUAAACAUUGUGUUCACCACCUUUUUCUUUAUGGAAUCUAUACUGAAAAUCAUUGCUUUUGGUCCUUUGAAUUACUUCAGAGAUGCCUGGAACGUUUUUGAUUUUGUCUCAGUCAUUGGAAGCAUUACUGAUAUAUUGGUAACAGAGUUUUGGAAUCUGAAUAAUUUCAUCAACUUGAGCUUCCUGAGGCUUUUUAGAGCAGCUCGCCUCAUUAAGCUCCUGAGACAGGGGGAAACAAUCCGGAUCUUAUUAUGGACAUUUGUCCAGUCCUUUAAGGCUCUGCCAUAUGUGUGUCUACUCAUUGCCAUGCUGUUCUUCAUCUACGCAAUCAUCGGCAUGCAGUUGUUUGGAAACAUAGCUAUUGAUGAGGAGGAAGAAAGUGCCAUUGAUGAGCACAACAACUUCAGAACCUUCAUUAUGGCCCUAAUGCUGCUAUUCAGGAGUGCUACAGGUGAGGCGUGGCAUGAGAUCAUGCUGGCGUGCCUGGGAGAGAAAAAAUGUGACCCAGACUCAGGAAACACAGGGAAGGAGUGUGGCAGCGUAUUCGCCUACACCUAUUUUGUCUCCUUUAUUUUCCUCUGCUCCUUCCUGAUGCUCAAUCUCUUUGUGGCUGUCAUCAUGGACAAUUUUGAGUACUUGACCAGAGACUCGUCUAUCCUGGGCCCCCACCAUUUAGACGAAUAUGUAAGAAUAUGGGCUGAGUACGACCCAGCUGCCUGCGGGCGCAUACAUUAUAAGGAUAUGUACAGUUUAUUACGAGUUAUCUCCCCUCCUCUGGGUCUUGGCAAGAAAUGCCCACAUAGGGUGGCCUGCAAGAGGCUACUUCGCAUGGAUCUACCGGUCGCUGAUGACAACACAGUGCAUUUUAACUCCACCCUCAUGGCUCUGAUCAGGACAGCACUGGAUAUAAAGAUUGCCAAGGGUGGUGCAGAUAAGCACCAGAUGGAUGCAGAGCUGAGAAAAGAGAUGAUGGCUAUCUGGCCAAAUUUAUCACAGAAGACUCUGGACCUGCUGGUUACUCCGCACAAGGCAGCCACAGACUUGACAGUGGGCAAAAUCUACGCUGCCAUGAUGAUCAUGGAAUACUACAGACAGAGCAAGACCAAAAAGAUGCAGGCCCUGCGAGAGGAACAGUGCUCCUCCCUUCCUAACCGAACGCCAUUAAUGUUUCAGCGCAUGGAGGCACCCUCUGAGGGAGGGGGUUUGGACAACCAGGGGGGGCAAGGCCAGAACGGUCUCCCCAGCACUCAACCAGACAACAUCAACAGCAUACCUCCCGAAGGUGGUUUGAGUGAAAGCCAAUCAUGGAUGACGGCUAAAGCACAGGAAAUGUUCCAAAAGACUGGUAACUGGAGCCCUGACCACCCCUAUCCUGAUGACGUCCACGAAAACCGCCAUAAUCCCCAGACUGUAGAGAUGAGGGAGAUGGGGCGGGACGGGUACUCCGACACUGAGCCCUAUCACCCAAUGGAUGGGCAUGGGCGGACCCUUUCCAUGCCCCGCCUCUCGGCAGACAACCAACGGAGGAGACACAGACCCCGCGGAAAUAACCUCAGUACCAUUACUGACAACAGUCCAAUGCGUCGCUCUACCUCCAGUCUGGUCCACGGGCGUUCAGGUCGUGGAGUGAGGCUGGAUGACUACUCUUUGGAGAGGGUGGUGUCUGAGGAGGCGAGACACGGCGGUGGGCGCAGGCACAGGGACAGAAGUCAUCGCACUUCACAGCGAUCACUAACCAGAUAUACAGACGCUGACACAGGUCUGGGCACAGACCUCAGCACCACUACACAGUCAGGUGAUCUGCCUCCCAAAGAGCGGGAGAGAGACCGUGGGCGCACCAAGGACCGGCGUCAUCACCACCACCAUCACCGUCAUCACAGCUCAAUGGACAAGGAGCGCUAUGACCGCCAUGAAUACCAACAUAGGCACCCCCAUGACCGCCACUGGUCCCGGUCUCCUAGUGAGGGGCCUGACGGAAGAGGUCACAGACAGGGCAGUAGCUCGGUAAGCGGCAGCCCGGUCCCAUCCACCUCGGGGACCAGCACUCCAAGGAGAGGCCGCCGCCAGCUACCACAGACUCCUGCUGUCCCACGUCCACAUGUCACCUACUCCCCCGCUGUCCGAAAGCCUCUAUACGGCCCCCCAGGCCCAGGCCGACUGCGCUCACCCUCCCCUCGACACUUCUCCCCACCAGAUCAUGACAGAGGCUACCACCAACGACCCCCGUCACGUCACGCCUCUCCGCACCAUGGCGGAUCCUCGUCCAGGCACGGUUCACCACGCUCACCUCGACAUCAGUCACCGCACUCGCCACUCCACGGGUCACCUCGGUCUCCACACCGAAACCGCUGGAGCGGUCCUCCUCCAGGGGACAGCCUAGAGGGCGACGGACCCUUCUAUGAGAGAGAUUAUGAGUACGAGCGGCACCAUGAGCCUCCGGCCUAUGAGCAAAGCCUCUCUCAUGGCAACCCUCAUUCACAUGGAGGAAAUCCACACCCACAUCCGCGCUCACCAAGGACUGCUCGUCAUGGGCCCCCUCCACCCCCUCACCCACAUCCGCGUAGGGUUCCUAAUGGCUACCGCUCAUCCUCGCCUUCCCCACAAAGGAGGGGACCACCUGGGGCAGCUCCACCCCACCACCGACCACCUCAUCCCAGAGGGCCCCGCAAGGGUCUCCACGAACCUUACAGUGAGACUGAUGAGGAUGACUGGUGCUAGCAAAAGCAUUAGACACAGACAGCAGAGGAGAAUAAGAACCACAACCUCCGGUGCUCGGAUAUAUAUGUAAACUUUUUAAAAUGUGAUGGCAAAAGUUUUGAGACCCCCUACCUUCCACCUUUAGACUCUAAAAAGAUGCAGGGGUGGAGGUAGAAGGGCAAUGGUGCUGCUAGGAGCCUUUUACACAUUUCUUUCUUCCAAAAGAUCAAAUCUUUGACAGAGCAGCACAUGGUUAUCCUAAUACCAUGGAAGUCCUGAUAACAUAGGCAUGGCCAGGGCACAGUUUACCUCUGGCUCCCUCAGUCUCAGAACUGUUCUUCCCAUAACUAACCCUACGGUACAGUUCAAAGGGAAAAGAGAGUUGAGGGAACAGAGAUCCAAGGAGGAGCUUGAGGUUCUAAAACAGUGUGACGUGAUCGUUUCCAGGCCUUACAGCACUUUGCUCGGACCGGCAUUAGAUCUAACAGAUGUGUUCAACCUCUCAGACUACCCAGACUACUUCAGAAAUAAGCUUGAAUGAUGAGUACAACGCUUAGACUCUGCUCUAAAACAAAACGUUUAAAAAAAAGAACGAUAAGGUAGUAAAAAGCCAGGAUUCCCCCACUAACCCUUACAUGCCAAGCUAUGCCUCCAGAAAAUGAAACUUGAACAAUGAAGAAGACAGUUACACUUCACAUGACAGUGAAAACUUCAAAAAGGGAGUACUUUUACUUUGUCUUUAAUUAUCUCUCUGUGUCCAAGGGGACAGAACUUAUGAAGCUCCGCCUAUACUGCAAAACCCAGCCAAUCACACGGCAGGCUGAUAUUGAUGAGUUUUAUCAUCUCUGUUUACUGUUAUGGACUUGCCUAAUGGGGAUGGAAAUGUUGUGACAUCACUUCCUGUCCAGAUGGCAGUGGACGGAAAGUGGUAAGGCCCAAGGUGGGCUAGAUUUCUGUCAAAGAGCACCGGAGGGAUGGGCCCAGGUUACUAGAGAAGGGAUCUGGUCACAUUGGCAUUCUUUCCCUGCUCUAUUGAUCGACCCAGCAUCGGAGAACGAAGACCUGACAGGAAAUGACAUCAUGCAGUUGAACAUGGCGGAGGAUAAGAAACGAGGGAUGGGAGGGGGGGGAACAGACCAAUUUCUUCAGUAUUUCUUCUAUCAAUUACUUCUCCUUGUUCUUCUUCGGACAUUUGGAGCUUGGUUCUUCUGUUGCAUUCGCUCAGCCUCCUUUGAUCUUUUUCAAAGUCCAAAAAUUGGAUGGAAACCUGCAUGAUUGAUAUAAUCCAUAGUAGAGUGGAAAUCUAAGUGGUGUGGUGGGAGUGGGACCUGGGGGGCUUUAUACGAAACUUAACAUUUAGGUUUGAAAAAGAAGUUAACUUCUAUCAGACUCUCUCUCUUUCUGUGUGUCUCUCUGAAACCUGUCAAAAGUCAUUUUUAUAUAUACUUAUUUUGUUUGUUUUUUUUACCUGAUACAGACUUUAACAGAUUUAAAAGUAUUUUAUCUGUCUCUGUUUUCUGUUGAAAGCUCAGUUUCUGCAACGUGUCAAGAGACAAAAAAAAAACUACUUUACAGGGUCCCACUAGUGUCCUGUGUUUUAAGUAAUCGAAGGGGGAGAGAGAGGAAGGAUAGAAGGGAACUUCUACCACACUUAAGUUGCUCUUAUUGAUGAUAUCAGAAAUUAAUGAUGAUUAUUAUUUUUUAUUUCAAUGCAAAUGAGUGACAAUGAUGAUACCGGUAACGAUUGACUAAUGAGUGUUAGAACUGUUGCUGUAGACUUUCUGUCAUGUUUAAUGGAGCUCAGACGAGCUAUGUCCAUUUAGCUUUCACAUUCCUUAUGUUAAUAUCCCGUGCUCAGUGAUGUUUACCGGGUUCCUGAUGCCUUUGUGCAAUAUUUUUUGGGCAACGAUGGUUUUACAAACACUCACUUAGCAGUGUUGCGUGUUGUAACGCACCGCUAAGUGAAGAUGCAUUCUCUCUCCGGAACAGUCAGGGCAGAAGUCAGGGGAAUCUCAGUAUCCUGUCUUGCAGUCACCCACAGGAUCUCCUCAAGCCAACCCAAAGAUCAGUAACUGGUGUUUAGAGUGGAGGAGUACAACUCAUUGAGAAUGUGUGAGCUAAUUUUACAUGGUUCUCCCUGUAGGGUUGACCUCCGACCUAUUGCCCCAUUAAUAAAGCCGUUUUUUUGGCUUUAUAGUUUAGGAUUAGUUGCCAGCACUGAGUAGUAUUGAUAGUCCAAGGUUGGUGUCAGUGAGAUGGUGUUUUUGCCACCACAGUGCAGUUAUCAGCACCCAAUUUUUACCCUGCCUUCGCCCUGUACUGGACAGUGUUUUCUUUUGGCCACAUUCUAAUCUCUUCUAAUCUUGCAAUCAACUUUCAAGUAACUCUAAAGUCGUAAUGAAUAGAAAUCAGAUCCUUUGUCAGGAAAACACUGAUGUGCCCUGAGAGCUGCCGUAUCGUAUUUUUCCAUUUGUCACGCCAUCCCCGCCCCCCAACCUUUUCUGGGAAGACACCCCUGCCCAGUGAAGUGAGUUUGUAGCAAAUCUACAUAAUCUGCCCAUAAAAUGCUUAAGAAACCACCAAUUUAGCUUUAGUUUAUCUUAGCUUGACGUCAGUUAGUUUGCUUUAACAUCUGGGCAUUUAGCUUUUUAAAGAUCGACUCUAGACCAUGGAAUAAAAACACCUUCGAAAAAUAUAUUUCAUCCCUUACUGCUACGAGGAUCGACAGUUACUGAAUGAUCAAGAAUUCUAGAAUAAUAGAAUAGAGCAUAGAUUAAAAGAUAGUUUAUUACUUAAAGAUUAACAUAGAAAUAUUGUAGAUGUAGUUAUAAAUGAAAUAUAAAACAUAGAGAUUCAGAUAUUGAUUUAUUUUGCAUACUAAUGCUACUUUUGUUUUUCAUGCAAUUGCAGAAAUCCAAGACAAAACACAAAACACACAUUUUGACUCUAUGCAGACCUCAUGUGCAUCAUCUACAGGGGUGACCGGCGGCCAUAAGUGCUGCAUAAUGGAACAGGAAUCUGCAUGUAGGAGUUAAUGUUAACACUGAUACCCCUUUUUCACCUUGUCAUCACACCCACAGUGAAUUUUCCUUUUUAUUUACAGUUGUUGCUGCCUUUUUUCUUUUUAUUUAGCCCUUCCGUGGCGGAUCCCUUCUCCCAGUUCAAAUUUCUGCUUUCAUAUGAUCUGAUGCCCUCCAGGCUAUUAUUUUUGAGCAUUGUAGGGUAAAUUGGAUUGUGGUUAUUUAUUUAUUUUUUGUCAGUUCAGUGGAAGGAAAGGGGUGCUUAUUGUAGAACCUUUUGGUCUCACCUUACAAGAAGUUACAGCAGGUGAGGAUGGUUUUCCACAGCCCCCUACAGAGCCACAGUGCCUUCUGUAUCUCAAUCAUAUUCAUCACCCCGACUCCCCCCACACAGUUGCUCUCGUCGGUCCCCUCCCCCUUGUGUAGUAGAUGUGUCAAACACACUACGCCUUAAAAUCAAAUCUCACCGGCUCCCACGCUAGCAUUUGAAACAGGGAGAGUGAUGAUUUUGAAACUGGGCCACGGUCAGGACAAGGUGCAGAGGCAAAGCUUGAUGCACAUUCAGAAUGGGCAGAACUAUUUUAACCUCCCAUUCAGGCACUCUGUUUUCUAACAGCUACAAAGAAAAACCAUAAGAGACCUUCAUAGUUUCAAUCUUAGCCUUGGUGGAUUUGACUUUUUAAGACUCAGCGGCCAAUGCUUCCAGAUCUUACUAGCUGGCUAGCCCCUUUGGCUUAGGCAUGGCACCAAUUUAUGUCCAUCCUACAGUUAUCCUUUGUACAGUUUCAGAUGAUGUAGUUAGAGGUUUUCAGAGGUGCAAAGCUUCUUGCUUACUUCUCAGGUCCCUCUAGAGCUAGGUAGCUAGUUAGAUUACAUAGGGGAGAAACCGCUACAGAACAGGCAGCUCUCAGAUUAAGUUAUCGUAUGGUUUUACUUGGCAUGGUAUCUUAUCAUUCUCACCCCUCUCCUUUCACCACAUGUACGUUACACACCUCAUUCUUUAUCAAUCCCAUUAAAAGUCUGCAGAAUCCACCAAAAUGACACAACUUUCAUUUCGGCUCCACUCGCUCGUCCUGAAUUGUAACAGCGAAUUCCAAAAGGCCGACACACAACAUUGCCCUUGUGUGGAAGCAUGUUGUGUGUAUGAGUAUUUUCCUAAACCUUGUCCUGUUUGGGAAACAAAAGCAAACAUCUAAUGUUUGGUUAUGUUUUGCUGUAUAAUAUAAUCAUUUUAUUGAACUCUCUUUAAGGGGGAUGCAACUAUUUCAUCAUCUAACUUUAUAUCUGUUUUCUGUCUAACCCAUGGCUUUUUUUUCCCCCCUUGUGGUGUUAAUAUCUGAGUAUUUUUGUUUCUUUUUCGCCCAUGGGAUUUAGAAAAAACUAACAAACGCAACACCAAUCUUCUCAGUCAGCUGUGAAAUUGUGUCAUUGGGUUAGUUGUAAGGUAACGUGUUGACAAAUACACAAAAAGGGCUCUUUAAAAAAACAAACCACACAGUGGGGAUUAAUGUACAGUAGUGCUGCCAAAAGUUGUGCUUACAGUAUGUAGCUAAAGCCACGCUGUGGUCUCCCCUUUGUACAGCACUAUAUGUGUGCAUGAGUGUGAGUGUGUGAGGAGGCGGUACUUUUUGGGGGGGGCAAAAGAAAAGAGUAGCUGAUGUCGGGGUUCUGUUGUGGGUGGAGGGCGGGGGCCUCAGGUGGGCAUGGCAGUAUAAGGUUAUUUGCUGCCUAUACACAAUUUCACAAUGGCACUGGACCAUUUUUUCAAGCUCACACUCGAGCGCCAUCUUCAACAGACCCUCAUCUACUCCUGCUUUGAGAGGAGCAGGGCUACUGCUGUGACAAGGAGACAUUUAACUCUCUGAAUCUAUGUAUAUAUGUUGUAUUAUUAUCAUUUGGUCAUUUUUGUUCCCAUGCAGAUGAAAUACUGUUUACAUUUUAAAAGGCUGAAGCUGUUUAGUCAAGUAUACCUUACAGGCCAGCUUCACACUAAUGCAAAUAUUAGGAAAAAACAGGUUCCAGCUUAAAUGCAAACAAAAUUAGUCAUGGCUGGAAAACUGGGAUUAAAGUAAACCCACUGUCAUUUUAAUGUAUUUUUAGUUCAGUUUGCAUUUACCCAAUUUUUACCCACUAUAGCUGCAUUUAAGCUAGCACACAAUAUCCAGAGGACCUGGUAGAUUUGUUUUCACACUUUCUCUUUGGUGUUAAUCUGUCUCCAUUAAACUUUAAAUAGAGCCUCAAGGCAUUAAUAAGUGAGAAUAGGAAGGUUUAAUAAAUUUACAGUUGAUCCAAGAAUACCUAUUUAAAUAUUAAAUGUUCAAAGUUGCUGCGUACAAAUAGUGCUAGAGAGGAAAAGGAUAUGUAUGAAAUGAUCAAAAUCUGUUAACUAGCACAGAUUUGGCUUUUGGAUUGAAUAUCAACUCUACUCCCACCUACUGGUACCAAGAUUUGUAUUGCGUUGGUUUUUAUUUAAAUCAAAGAUUCUGUUUUUCAAAAAAUGAAGUUAAAUGGUGGGAACAAAUGUUAACAUAUUCACCAGUUGUAAACUUGCCUUUCUAUACCAUACAUAACAAUGAGAUUAAGUUUUUUUUUUUUUUACCAUUUAAAUGACAGAACUAACAUUCACAAUUAUAAAUUGUUCGCAAACAAAAGUUAUUCAACUUGCAAUCAUAAAAUUCAGAAUUUAAGUUCAUUUUCCCUAACCAGUACAGUAUAACCUCUGUAUUAGUAUGACUUUUGCCAAAUUUAGACAUUUCAGCCCUUGUUGUGUGAGUGAUUUAAAGCAGUCCAUUCACUAUCACGUGUCUCAGUGUGUCCACACGCCAUCAGCUGCAGAAGGUAACCCUCAGUGCCUUACUCUCCACAGGACAUGAUGACUCUUUCCACUCAUCAUUAUCACUGCAUCAUCUUUGUCUUUCACCCUUACUCGCUCAGUUCAUGGGUAAGAACUGUGAGGUUGUGUGUGUGUGAGUGAGAAUCUCUGUGUUGGUGGAUUUGAGAAUGCCUGGUAGAGUGAGAUGUGGAUGAGUCAUUCUGUCACCAUGUCUCAUGUCAUCAAAUGUACAUUUGGCUCUGUAAUUUAUGUGUAUAUAUUCCAUAAAGAUUCUGAAAAACCCACCGUGUUCAUCGUCAUCAAUUAUGUUAUUUUCUAUUUUUUCAUUUCUCUUAUUCAUUCCAGCCCAUUGUGCAUGUUAUACCACUUUUGAACACAAUGUCGCAGGAUUAAACUUUUUUUUGUUUCUGCUCAUCAGUAAGGCAGAGCAGGUAAAGCCUAUUUGAAUAGGUGCUGGUGGUCUUUUUUUUUUUGUGAGGGUCUGUCUGCUACAUGACUUUUUUUCUUAAACUUUAUGAAGCCAAACUGUAGAACUGACAGAUUUUAGUGUCUUUGUUUGUCACCUGCAAUCUAGAAGUCUGAAAAACAGUUUAUUUGAUGUAUAAGGUAUAACAACAUAAGAAGAUAAAAAUUCUACGUUUUUAUGAUAGAAACUGAUUGAUAGAAACUUGAGAGACAGACGUAGCAGGCAUUUGUAUUAUUUUGCAAACUGCUUUGCUCCAAAUGAUUGAAAAUUCAUCUUCAGAGUGGAAUCAAAUCUCUAAAACUAGUUUGGCUCCAUAAACGUACGCAAUCGGUACUUUGUUUCUUACAUGUGGGUUAGAUGUCUCCUGUUGCCUCUGCAUCCCUGAAGGAUCCUCUCUCUAUUUCCAUUUUUUUUUCUUUUCUAUUUGUUUCCAUGAGCUUAGCAGAGACAAGUUGCUUCAGAGGAUUUAUCCUUAGCAUUUCACUCUCAUAGUUGGCAUCAAAGACGCUGCAGGCAGAUCAAUUUAAAAAUACUUCUUAAAAAUUGCCAAAUGUCUUAAAGAACAGAUAAUAUCUAUUAGUUUUGCUCUUGGUAAACUUUAACAACAAAAAAAUCCACGUAGAGAAGGCCUACAGUGUUGAAGCUAAAAUCCAAAAUUAUGUUAAAGUAAAAAAAAGAGUAAAUUGUUUGGAGAGUGAAUUGAAUAUUAUUAAAACAGGUUCAAGUAUUAAAUACAAAUGAUAUUUUUCUGUGAAAAGAUGCAAUGGGAAAAGUCUCUGAAGCAACUGCAAAGUGUCCAUCCCAUGAUAAAGCAUACCAUCCAUUGGUCGACCCAGUAGAAACCGAACCAGUGCCACACUAGAAAAACCAUACAGGAUUCAUUCAGCAAGUUAGGAGAAAAAAGAAAAAAAUACGAGCAUAUAUGGCAAUUUAAGAUAAAAAGAGAAGUAUUUAAUUACAGAUUUGCAUGUGCAAUGUGCAUGCCACUAUGUGGGGUUAACAAAUCAACUUCAGGAACUAAAAAAAGAUAUUCAAUUUAAAGAAAAAAAGGAUAUAUAUGUAAAAAAAAAAAAAAUAUAUAUAUAUAUAUAUAUAGAGAUAGAUGUUUUUAAGAGCAAUGUGUUUCCUUUUCUUCUAUUUUUAAAAACAAAAAAUGUGAAAAAACUUUGCAAAAAAAAAAAAGAUUAAAAAAUAUAUAAUAAAAAAGUUAUGACAAAAAAUGGAAAUGAUUUUGGUGAUGAAAUCAAAGAAUGUUUGUUAUAUUUGCCAGUUCUUUCACUGGGGGGAAACUGCGGGGCAACAAAGUUAGAUAACACUUUACUGUAAGGGGUUUAAAAAAAAAAAAAAGAACAGAGGAUUUUAAACAGUGGGACAAUGCAUACAUAGCUUUUCUUUGAUGAAAAACAAUCCCAUUGAGAGUAAAGAGUUGCCUGAAACUGAAUCUGGUGAUGUUAUUCCCAUUUAUUCUGGCUAUGAAGUCCCUUCUUUUUCUCCCUUUCUUUGACCAUCUCUUUCUCUUCCUCAGUUUCUUUCUCUAUCCUGCUGUUUCUAAGAGUGCAUUUUGUAAUUUAAAACUGAAUUCUUCCUAAAGAACCAGAAUAAACCAGAGAGAAUGCAUUAUA